AUGUCUGAGGUAUUGCGAGACUUCCCUGAAUUGACUAUGGAAGUGGAAGGCGUCACAACCUCAAUCAUGAAGCGAACAGCUCUGGUAGCAAACACUUCCAAUAUGCCUGUAGCCGCUCGAGAAGCUUCCAUUUACACAGGAAUCACUUUAGCCGAGUACUUCCGCGAUAUGGGUCUGCACGUUGCCAUGAUGGCUGACUCAACGUCCCGAUGGGCUGAGGCACUUCGUGAGAUUUCCGGUCGACUUGGAGAAAUGCCUGCCGACUCAGGAUACCCGGCCUACCUGGCUGCUCGACUGGCUUCGUUCUAUGAGCGUGCUGGUAAGGUGAAAUGUCUCGGCAGUCCCGAACGUGAAGGAUCGGUCACAAUUGUCGGGGCUGUGUCGCCUCCUGGUGGUGAUUUCGCAGAUCCGGUUACAUCUGCUACCCUGGGUAUCGUGCAGGUGUUCUGGGGUUUGGAUAAGAAGUUGGCUCAACGAAAGCAUUUCCCCUCAAUCAACUGGUUGAUCUCCUACAGCAAGUAUAUGCGAGCUUUGGAAGAGUACUACGAGAAGACAUUCCCUGAAUUCGUGGCACUGCGAACAAAAUGUAAGGAGAUUUUGCAAGAAGAAGAAGAUCUUUCAGAAAUUGUGCAGCUGGUCGGCAAAGCGUCCCUUGCAGAAAGCGACAAGAUCACUCUGGAAGUGGCCAAACUCAUUAAAGAUGAUUUCCUGCAACAGAAUGGUUAUACUCCAUACGAUCGCUUCUGUCCAUUCUACAAAACUGUUGGAAUGCUCAAAAAUAUGAUUGCUUUUUACGAUUUGGCUCGACAUGCUGUAGAAACUACUGCCCAAACGGAGAACAAAGUCACCUGGGCGGUUAUCAGAGAUCACUUAGGUGACCUCUUGUACCAAUUAUCGUCUAUGAAGUUCAAAGAUCCAGUAAAGGAUGGUGAAGAAAAAAUCAAAAAGGAUUACGAUGAACUUCUUGAAGCUCUAAAUACAGGAUUCAGAAACCUUGAGCUUGACUAG